CUCUUGAACGUAAUUCAAAAAAAAUUGCGCAUUGAUUUGCCUGAAAGUGAAUCGGAUUUAUUUUGAUUUCUCAACUAUUGUUUGUUGCUCAUUGUGUUUGGCUCAGUUGAACUGUGUGAAUGAGUGUGGCUUAUUUCCCGUUCCCAACCCAAUGAUCGCCAUGAAUGUGGAGCUAGUGCUACUGAUCGGUCUGACACUGAGUUUCCUUCUACCAACGGGUCAUUCAAUCCGCACUUGCGAUAGCCACGAGAUCUGCAUUAGAGAGAAAAAGUGCGAGGAGACUGAUGACUCUGGGAAGGGGAAGCUGGACGUCCGCCUGCUGGACAACAGUUGUGGCCGUGGACGAGUUUGUUGCGAUAAGGCGCAGCUGGAGAGCUUCGAUGCCUAUGAGGCCGAAAUCGAGUACCGGAAUCAGCACCGAGAAAAUCCCUGGUUGUUUUCUUCUGAAAACCCUCUGAAAGUAACCACAAAAGAGAGUACUAGAACUGACAAGAAAGAGGAUGAAGGCUACCAAAGUUGCGGAGUGCAGCGGGAAUGUGUGCCCCGGCAUCUCUGCACUACGGGAGUUAUCAACGAGGAUGGCCGGUUCAUUAUCAAGCCGCGUUUCAACGAUGACAGUAACUUUGGCUGCCGAGCUGUGGAGCAGUGCUGUCCGGUGAAAGAUCAGAUCGAGGAGGGUCACAAUCCAAUGCAGCUGGCUGUGAAGGAUUUCCAGUUUAAGGGCUGUGGCUACAGCAAUCCCAAGGGACUCUACUACAAGCUGGAAGGUUUUAACGAUGGCGAGUCCGUCUUUGCUGAGUUCCCCUGGAUGGUGGUCCUGAUGGACUUGGAGGGUAACUAUAUCUGCGGCGGCACCUUGAUCCAUCCGCAGUUAGUGCUAACCAGUGCUCAUAAUGUGGCCCAGUACAGUGAAGACACACUUCUGGUGCGAGCUGGUGAAUGGGAUCUCAAUAGCCAGACCGAGCUGCUUCCCCACCAGAUGCGUCCUGUUAGCGAGCUGCAUCGCCACCAGAACUACAACAACCAGACCUAUUACAACGAUAUAGCAUUGGUGGUGCUAGAACAACCGUUCCAUAUAGCCCCACAUAUUCAGCCCAUUUGCCUGCCGGCGAAGGAGACGCCUCAGCUGGAGCAGGACUUGCGGGAUGCCCACUGCCUGGCCACUGGCUGGGGGCAUUUCAACCUUACGACCCGCACUAUGGAACACCUGCUGAAGCGCAUCGAACUGCCGGCGGUGGACCAUGAAACCUGCCAGCGGCUACUGCGACGCACGAUCCUGGGGCGUCGUUACAAUCUCGAUGCCAGUUUCAUUUGUGCCGGCGGCGAGAAGGGCAAGGACACAUGCAGGCGCGACGGUGGUUCUCCAUUAUUUUGCACAUUACCAGGGCAAAAGAAUCGCUACCAGCUGGUAGGCAUCGUGUCCUGGGGCGUAGAAUGUGCCGAACAGGAUAUACCGGCGGUCUAUACGAAUGUCGCCUACCUCAGGAACUGGAUCGACGAGAUGGUGGCGAAAAGUGGGUUCCCAUUAAUCGACAGUUUUUAGAUUAGGAGUGGAGUUAGUUUUUAAAGAAUCUCAAAAUAAAGUGAUUUAAAUUAAA